GAAUCCCUUUCUUUUAAUUGACUCUUAUCUCUUCUCUUAUAUAUGUGUGAUCUUACAUGGCUUUCUGUCCCUUCUGCUCCUUCCAUCCCAUUCUCUGUGCGAUCUAUCCCCAGUUGGUCACGACUCGCCACCAAUUUAUUAAUCCAAGUCAAUGAAACUGAUCUCGAACAUUUCACGAAUCCAAACUCAUCAACACCAGCAGCCGCUCCUUAACCUUUUCCUGCCUUUCGGAGGUCAAUCUCUUUGACUUUCCUCCCUUCUCUCUGCUGUACACGUUGACUGCACCGUUCAUAAAAAUCCCCAGAGGGAGCGUGAAUAAGCCAUCGUUAUUUUUACUGCCAUUGUGAUUUGCAUUCUCUCGUCGGACUCGUCGUUCUCCCUAACGAUUGACCGGGACUUCUGAUCAUUAUUACUCGAAUACGCACCGCACCGUGCUAUCCGACCCAACAAAGCCUGAGCGACUCGGACACUACUACCUACAGACAGCCAAAUACCUACCUACCUCCUCCCCUCCCAGCUUUUUUCCAUCCAUCUCCCACUCACCAAUUCGCGACCACCACGACGCAGCGCAAUUAUAUAUAACGCAAUCGUGCAAACAGAACAAAACGGCAGUGCCCAAUACCGAUUAUUUAUCAAACCCAUCGAAAUAUUAUUAACAUGUCGAUAACUUCUCAUUGAGUUUGCAUGAACGAUUAGCGGCAGGGCCGCCCCCCAAACCGAUGAAAAUGGACCCAAGACAAUUAAUCAACAAUUUGAAGCCUUCCUCGACUUCAGCGGCAACCGCCACUCACCCUCACUGCACGCCUUUCACCCUUCCUUCCAAUGGAGUUAUUAAUCUGGGUGCAUCCGAGUAUUUCACUCUCACAACCAAUGCUAUCUUCAAUCCCGAAUGUACGGGUACGGCCGAUAUUGUCCUUACCGGUGCAGGCACUCCCACUUCGUUCGUCGAUCUUCGUGAUCCCUUCUACGCUUCCACGAUACCGGCAUGUUACGCCCUCGCCGCCACGACCGUGAUUGCAUACAUGCUAGUCAUAAUGCUUUUAAUUACCCCAAGAACAUUUCUGGUCCAAGGCGCCGUGGUUCUGGGACGGCGCGGAUUCACCAAUGGUCCUUCUGGGAGUGAUGCUGGGAUUGGCAUCGGUGGCCGACCGUGGUUACAAAAGGUUGCAGCAUUAACCGUCGCAAUCUCUUUAACUAUCGCGACAGCAGACACAUUCCGUGUCGCGGAACAACAAUAUGAGCUUGGACUUAUGAAUGCGUCGGCCCUACAAGAAGAAGUCGAGGGUGGCAUGGAACUCAAGAUCAUUCGCAUCAUAUCGGACACCUUCCUGUGGCUAGCGCAAGCCCAAACUCUGAUAAGAUUGUUUCCACGACAGCGGGAGAAAAUUAUAAUCAAAUGGACCGGGUUUGCUCUGAUUUCACUCGAUGUUUUAUUCAGUCUCCUCAACAACUUUGUCUACAACGGCAAUUCACGACCCCGCCUCUUUACAGAUGCUGUACCCGCCUUAGCUUACCUCUUUCAACUUGCCCUAAGUCUGCUGUACUGCGCUUGGGUCAUAUACUAUGCUAUUUCCAAGAAGCGCUACGCCUUUUAUCAUCCGAAAAUGCGGAAUAUAUUUUUGGUCGCAAUACUAUCGUUGGUAUCAGUGCUAGUACCUGUCGUCUUCUUCGUUCUCGAUAUAUCAAAGCCGACGCUUGCUGCAUGGGGUGAUUACGUACGAUGGGUUGGAGCUGCUGCAGCCAGUGUAGUGGUAUGGGAGUGGGUCGAGCGAAUUGAAGCUCUGGAAAGGGACGAGAAAAAGGACGGAGUGCUCGGAAGGGAAGUGUUUGAUGGGGAUGAAAUGCUAGAAGUUACUCCAACAUCGGAUUGGACAAAGCGUUUCCGUAAAGAUAAUGAUGAUAAGGGAGGGACUGCUACGGGUUCUACUUGGCCAGCAAUGUCUGGGCUGGCUAAUCGCUAUAGAUCUCAUGCCACGAAUGAUCUCGAGACUGGGUCUGUUCCUGGUCAACGCACAGGCAGGCAUUUAUUAGCUGUCCGUCCUCCACUUUGGCCUACCAGACCCCAGCCUGCUGCUACACCUAUUAAUAGGGCGGAUACAGCCAGCGCCGAGAGCACUGCAUAUACAGUGAGAUACCAUCCCAUAAGCGAAGCAACUCCACCAAUCAUUAGUGGGGAUACAACACUCUCAAGAAGUAACAGUGAAGCUAUAUCCAUUAGCAGGUCCAUUAGUAAUGAGGAGGUCGACUCGGAUAAGCCGGUUGUUCUGGAGCAGACGAACCAAGCUGCUGCAGUCGCGGCAGGGCUUCAUAAUUGGCAAUGGAAUUCCCUUAAUCCUUUUAAGCAUCGAGUUCAAGGGCCUCCGGCAGAAGUUUCUUUGCAUACUGCGAAGCCUCCAACACCUUUUAGUAGUCAUGAAUCUUCGAAUAAGUGGGACGUGCGUGCUCGAAUUGAAGGUUUCGCGGCAACCCAGGCAGAAAGGUUCCGUGAGAAAACACGCCCUACAGUCGAUACAGACCCGCUUCCUCUGACGGUGAUACCAGCACCAAGUCGAAGACGUGCUGUCGCGACGGAAUCGGAGGAAUCGGAUACAGAUUCAAUCAGCCCAACGCCUGAUGAAUCUUCUCAUAUAGAGGUUACCACCUCGAGGCGAGAUAGACCUGCCAGAACAACCGAUCCUUACACUCCAGAUAGCCUUAACCAACAUUCGAUUACACAUCGCGGGAGUAUAUCAUUUGCAACUGCAGUGCAACCGGAACUAGAUCAGCGAGUUGAAAAUGCCACUGCUUCGCCGACUCUUGUAGGGAGCCGUCAAACCCCUACAUUUUCGAGUUCACGAAGUAGUCCUAUUACAGUCCGAAGUCCUGUCACACCGUCUCUUCCUCCGAUUAUAGAUGGUUUACCAGUAACAACUAUACCGGCCCCGCCGCGACGGCCAAGGGUGGAGAAUCCUUGACAUGGCAAUUCUGGUAUGAUUCUGAUUUAAGCAUGAGCAUGAGCGUGGCGUUAGGAUUUGAAUAUUUGUAUAUUGGCAUUAGGGACACCCAAAAAGGAGUUUUCCCAAAAUUACGGGCGGAUUAUGGGAGGAGGGAAAAGGAUAUGGAUAUAGAUACCACAGCACAAUGUAUACGAACUACGAUUGCGUUUACAUAUAGUAGUAAUCAAAACAUGAUACCAUGAAUCUCAUGAUGGAGUCCUGUUUCAAGCAUAGUGAAGAAUUAGCAAACCGAUCUGAUGUAAAUUCA